AUGAGACCCACUCACUUUCUUUGUAUCCCCCUCGUCACGCCAUUCUCGCGGCCUCAGCUGUCGGCGAGUUUGAGGGCCUUUAAGUCAUACAUUACUAGUCCGGACAACUUCGGCAUCACCGCCUCCGCAGUGCGCCCCCUCGGCACUUUGCACCUUACUCUCGGAGUCAUGAAUCUCCCGGAAGCCAAAGAUCUUGCCAGGGCAACUGAGGUGCUUCAGAGCAUCAAACCUCUGCUUCCUACGAAGCCACUGAAAAUUUCGCUGCAUGGUCUGGGUACCUUUCCGGGCGCCGUUCAAAGCCAUGUCGACAUCCUCUUUGCGCACCCCACGUGCCUUGAUCAUGACUUCGAUAGUCUUUGCCACAAGAUCAGGCACGUCUUCGAGGACGCCGGUGUUGUAGACAAGACGGGUUUCGGGCUAUCCCUCCACGCCACCAUCAUCAACGCCAGGAAGACCCCGACUGGGGGCAUUGACGCUACCGAAAUGAUCAAGAAAUACUGGGAUUACAUGUGGAUGGAGAGCGUUCCUCUCGAGAAGAUCGGGAUCUGCCGCAUGGGUGCCGAGAAGAAGGGUGAUGAUGAGGAAUACCCACUCCACUCUUUGAUCACUCGAGCCAUCGCAGAUGGGCAUUUCACAAGGGAAGAGUUGGAUUGGCUUUCCCAGAAGUCGCUUACGGACGUUGGCACUGCCGGUCUCAAGGAUACAACUGCUGCCCUCAAGGACCUCUUUGGCAAGAACGACAUCCCUUGGGUCAUCUCCGGUGGCUGGGCACUCAUUCUUUAUGGAGAGCCUGAUCGUAAUACGCCCGACAUUGACAUCGUAGUUCAAAUCACAAUGCCUGAGCUCAGGAAGCUCCUUGAGGCAGAUGGAAGAUUUGUCAUUCCUGCGGAUGAUUGGUGGCCGGACGAUGCGCACCUGCAGGUCUAUUACCAAUCCCAGGGCAAAUAUUUCGAUGUGGAUAUGAUCAUAGCCGGCCAGAAAAACUCGGUGAAGGAAGUAGGCAGCAUCGCACAAUUUGUUUCCACUACCCACGGUACAAAGGAACUUGCAAUUCCCGUGAUCCGAAUUGGGCCAAUUUUCAUUUCCAAAGUUUACGGCUUAGCCUCACCCAAGAGGAAGAAGCACGAGCAGGAUGUGAAAGAUAUCUCUUGGCUCAUCGACAAUCACUCAGACGACCUGGUCAACAUGCCAAAAGAUUUGCCUCUGGAUAAGCGACAGGUUGUGGUGGACUACCUUACCCGGUUCAAAUCAGCAUCGCUUCCGAAAGCCAAAGAGCUGCUCGAUCUCUAG